AUGGCCGACGGUGACGCGGUGAUUUCGACUGUGAACAAUGUUGAGGAGGUGCACGGACAGCUUUUCGAGGUCGCUCCACGCUAUGUCAAUUUGUCGUACAUUGGAGAGGGCGCCUAUGGAAUGGUGGCAUCCGCACUCGAUACGAUCACCAAGGACCGCGUCGCGAUAAAGAAGAUCUCGCCGUUCGAGCAUCAGACGUUCUGCCAACGCACGCUUCGAGAGAUCAAGAUUCUCAAUCGUUUCAAGCACGAGAAUAUCAUCAACAUCCAGGAGAUCAUUCGCUCGGAGACUGUCGACUCGCUCAAAGACAUCUACAUAGUGCAAUGCCUGAUGGAAACGGAUCUCUACAAACUGCUGAAAACGCAGAAGCUCUCCAACGACCACGUCUGCUACUUCCUCUAUCAAAUCCUGCGCGGACUCAAGUACAUUCACUCGGCCAACGUGCUCCAUCGCGAUCUGAAACCAUCGAAUCUGCUUCUGAACACCACGUGCGACCUGAAGAUCUGCGAUUUCGGUCUGGCAAGGGUCACCGAUCCGCAGACAGAUCACACUGGUUUCCUGACGGAGUACGUGGCGACUCGCUGGUACAGAGCACCGGAGAUCAUGCUCAACUCCAAGGGAUACACGAAAUCGAUCGACGUCUGGUCGGUGGGAUGCAUCCUCGCCGAGAUGCUCAACAAUCGGCCGCUCUUCCCAGGAAAACACUACCUGGAUCAGUUAAAUCUGAUCCUUGCGGUAGUUGGAUCACCGUCGAACGAAGACUUGCAGUGCAUAAUCAACGACAAGGCUCGCUCGUACCUGAUCUCCCUGCCCCACAAGCCGAAACAACCGUGGUCCCGUCUCUACCCGGGAGCCGAUCCUAGAGCCCUCGAUUUGCUCGACAAGAUGCUCACAUUCAACCCACACAACCGCAUCGACAUCGAGCAAGCGCUGGCCCACCCGUACCUCGAGCAGUACUACGAUCCAGGAGACGAGCCGGUGUGCGAGGAGCCGUUCACUCUGGAAAUGGAAUUUGACGAUUUGCCAAAGGAGCGGCUGAAGGAGCUGAUUUGGGAGGAGGCCGAGGCGCAUCACAAGCGGGUGAUGGCUGAGCAGGCACGGAAUGCAGGAGCUCCGAACGUCUAA